AUGACCAUGACCGCAGACGCAGCGCAACCAGGAGCAUCUGAGGCAGUCUUGCCCCUCAGAGGCCACGGUCCACCAAAGCCAGAGAACGCGUUGCCGUACCGUGACAAAGCGAUCGACAGCAACGGACUGCGUCUGCUGACCAUCGAGCCGGCCGCAAACGACGACGAUCCUGUCGUCUGUACGCUGGUCGAGACGCGGUUCGGCAACAAGCCCAAGUUCCACGCCCUGUCGUACACGUGGGGCCACAAGACGGCCGACGAUCCGACCAUCACGCUCAACGGGUUUCCGUUUGUCGUGCGACACAACCUCUUUGACGCGCUCACCUUCUUUCGGCGCCAAAACCAGGCGGCGGAUGCAGGCCAGCAGUUCUGGAUCGAUGCAAUCUGCAUCAACCAGAGCGACGUCGAGGAGCGCAACCGGCAGGUGCGGAUCAUGGACCAGAUCUACUUCCGGGCGACUGAGGUCGUCGUCUGGCUGGGCGAAGCGUACGAGCGCUUUGAGGCGCCCGUGCGACCGGAAUCGGGCGUGGAGGGCAACAGCUGGGAUGGUAUCACCACCGCCAACACCAACAACACCAGCAACGACGGCGUCGGCACCGCCGUGCGCAGUGGACGAAACGCAUACGGGCGCCAGUGGGAGCUCUGCGGGCAGCUGCAGGUGGACCCGUACUGGGAGCGCGUCUGGAUCUUGCAGGAGAUUACCAAGGCGUGGACGCUGCACGUCCACUUUGGCCGGCGGUCGUCGUAUACGUGGGACGAGUUUCUCGUGUUUUUGCGCAGCAACACCCGGCGGGAGGACGCCCGCGCCGGGCAGCAGGCCGGCCCCCUGUGGCUGCACGAGAGCCUGCGCGCCAAGGACCAACGGGGCGCGCACACGCUGAUUGAGCUGCUGCAGGACCACCGGGCGGCCAAGUGCGCCGACCUGCACGACAAGGUGUACGGGCUGCUGGGCAUGGCGACGAACGGCGGCGGGUUCCCCAUCGACUACAACAAGUCGCUGUUCGACCUGUGGGUGGACACCAUGGUCUUUUUGAACGGAAAGCGGCUCUUGACGGCGGAGCACAACGUGGUCUUUGUCGGGCAGCUGGUCCGGGAGAUCCUGCAGGUCGCGGACAGCGAUCUUCGCCUGCCGGCCCUGGGCGCCGGUGGCGAUGCGGCCCAUGCCACCUACGUCGAGCAGAUUGACGCGCGCGACCGCGUCGACAUGGCGACGGAGAAGCGCCACGUUCUGGACCGGCUGACACGCCCGGCCCCCACGCAUCCCCAGGCCUACCACCACCACGCGACCGUGCUGGGCCAGAUCCUGCUGGUGGGCCCCUCGACCGAAAGCAUCGUGGCCGAGCCGGGCACGCUGUCGAUGUGGACCGGGUUCAUUGACGACCUGUACGACGCAGGCCAGGUCAAGGACGCGCACAUGGAGAGCAACAAUCUCAUCCGCGUGCUUCUCGGUGCAGACGAGGCCCAGAUGGCGGCCGCGUGCGUGUCCGUGCCGUCGACCGUCUUGUUUGCCCCCGAGACGUUUCCGGUGGAAGCCCGUGAGUUCAAGGCAGCAGACGUGCCCGGGGCAGCCGCGCUGGCGGAGACCGAUGGCACAGAGGAGUCGUCGUCGUCGUCGCCAUCGUCGUUGUCUGCGGCCCCCAAGCUAUACUAUCUCGAGGCCAUCACGGGCGCGACACGCCACAAAAUGGGCGUGGCGGCCGGGCUGGUGAAGGCGGGCGACAUCGUCUGCGAGGUCGGGCCGCUGAGGCUGCUUGUUCGGCUGUUUCGCGAGGGCCCGUUGGCCGGCCGGGCGUGCGUUGUUGGCACGGCGCUCACGACGGAGGACGUUUGCCGCCACAACGCGCACGCGUACUCUGCACAAAACAUGCGCAUCAUCGAUCGGUAUGCCGACAUUUACCUUGGCAAGGAGGCGCUGUACGUCAUUUCUGGAUUGGCGAGUCGCCAUCCGGGGUCUGGUUCCUGA